GCCGAAGGCCACAGCUGUCAGCUACUCCGAAGGAGAACUAAUAUCCAGCAUCGUGCGUAGCCGUUGUGGCUCUGAGGUCUCGCGGGACUAUCGGCCUCCCAUUCGAGUAUGCCCCCGUUUAGCGCCAUGAGAAACAUUAUCUUGGCGUCAGUCUUCAACAUCGUCAUGGUUACCAGUAUCAAUUUACAGGACCCUGUCGUUGAGGCCGCCAAAAAGUUUGUGGAUUCACACAAACAUGGCAAGGCCUGCAUGGAAGCAUUCAGUGACGCCGAGUCCAUUAUCGGAGUGUACGACACCCAUGACAAGCACAAGGAGACGGCGGAGGUAGUGGCGGACAAAAUUCGGGAAGUCAGCGGGAAGUCCCUGGACCAGCUUGACGAACACCUCCAUGAUAAGUUGAUGAAGGCCACAGCAGAAGCGAGACCCUUGGAAGAGCCAGAGGGGGAUAUAGCCCGCCAGGCGGCGAUAGACAAGAUAAGGAGCCCCCUCCAUGCGGCAGAGCUGUGCCAGCACGCCCUGCGGCACCACGACGAGCUGUGAGUGCCUCCGGUGCCCACGCCUUCGUGCCUCCCAGGUCGGCGCGCGCCGCGUCGCGGACGGUUCUGGUGCUGUCCCUCUCUGCGCCCAGACGCGGCCUGUAUUUUCCAGAUUUGCGGCCGCAUCGCGCCCGGUCGCCCCCUGGUGUUUCGCCUGUCCUCCUCCUCCUCCUCCUUCUCCUCCUCCUUGCCCAUUAUCCGACUUAGUCUUCCCUCCUCGCUUAUCCCUCCGUCCUUCUCCCCAUCUUCAUGCGCCCCCCAUCCCCUCCCACAGGUGUGCACCUGGCAGACGGCGUCGGGUCCGCGUUUCGCAGCCGAACUCGGUCUUUCGGGCAUGGUCAAAAUGUUCCGAAAGUUACCUCCCUCCACCUUCCUCCAUCCUGGUUUCUCCC